CUCAUCUCUACACCUGUCCCUGUCCUUGGUAUUGACAGUUACUUAUUGCCUUAACCUCAAAUACCUUGUUUGUCAAAACAUUUCUCCGAUAUUUUCAGGCAAUUCUAAUUUUAUGAAUAUAAAAUUUAGUUUUUUAGAAUAGUGAAAAUCUGUUCUUGUUAAAUAUGAAGACGGUUUUUAUGGUGGCCGAAAAACCGUCGUUAGCGGCUUCACUGGCUAGCAUUUUGAGCAAUGGCAAAAACACGUCUAGGAAAGGAUUCAAUGGGGCGUGCUCAGUACACGAAUGGAAUGGCAUGUUUGGCAAUAGUCCAGCACGAUUUAAAAUGACCUCAGUGUGUGGGCAUGUCUUUGGUGUGGAUUUUACCAGUAAAUACAAUAACUGGGAUAGGGUUGAUCCCGUUCAGCUUUUCUCAUGCCCAAUAGAGAAAAAGGAAGCGAUGGCAAAGUUGAAAAUGCCUGCAUUUUUAGCUGCUGAGUCUAAAGGUUCUGACAAUCUGGUCCUGUGGCUAGAUUGUGAUAAAGAAGGAGAAAAUAUAUGCUUUGAAGUAAUGAGCUGUGUGUCUGAUAGCAUGCUCGGAAAUGUUUAUUCUAAUCAUGUAACAUUCAGGGCUCAUUUUUCUGCUAUUACUGAAAAAGACAUCAAGGCUGCAUUUAAUAAUCUAGGUUUUCCUAAUGAAAAUGAAGCUAGGAGUGUUGAUGCUAGGCAAGAAUUAGAUCUAAGAAUUGGAUGUGCAUUUACUAGAUUUCAAACUAAAUUCUUCCAAGGGCGUUAUGGUGAUCUAGAUUCGUCGCUGAUAUCAUACGGGCCCUGUCAAACACCGACUCUUGGUUUCUGUGUGCAGCGACACGACGAAAUUCAGACUUUCAAACCUGAAACGUUUUGGAGCGUGGACGUCACAGUGGCGACAAAAGACGAUCAACUAGUCCGUCUCGAUUGGCAAAGGGUGCGCGUGUUCGAUAAAGAAGUAGCCACUGUCUUCCUUAAUACGGUGAAAGAUGAACGAUAUGGAAAGGUAAUUGAUGUUGUUUCAAAAGAAAAAUGCAAGGCAAGACCUGUUGCCUUGAAUACUGUCGAACUGAUGAGAAUUGCUAGUUCAGGAUUAGGCAUGAGUCCUCACCAUGCUAUGCAGAUCGCAGAAAGGUUGUAUACUCAAGGUUAUAUCAGUUAUCCAAGAACCGAGACUACUAAGUAUCCUGAGAAUUUUGAUCUCACUGGUGUUUUGAAAGAGCACAGAGAUAGCAAUGAUUGGGGGGAUAUAGUAAGGGAAAUAUUAUCCACCGGAAUCAAUCGGCCGAAAUCAGGCCAUGAUGCAGGUGACCAUCCACCUAUAACACCAAUGAAGGCGGCAUCCAGGCACGAACUGGACGGUGAUUCAUGGAGAUUGUACGACUACAUCACGAGACACUUCAUUGGCACAUUGUGUAAGGACUGCAAGUAUUUGUCGACAACUAUAACGGUUACAGUGAAUAAAGAAAUAUUCACAGCUACCGGAAAGACGCUUUUGGAUCCUGGAUAUACCGCAGUUAUGACAUGGCAGGCAAUCGAAAAGGACGAAAUCGUCCCCAACCUGUCAGUGAACGAGUCGGUGCCGAUCAAAGAAGCAAAACUCACUGAGCGUCAAACUUGCCCGCCUGAUUAUUUAACGGAAUCCGAGUUGAUUACGUUGAUGGAAAAACAUGGAAUUGGUACCGACGCAUCGAUACCCGUUCAUAUAAAUAAUAUCUCGCAGAGAAAUUACGUCACUGUGAUAGGCGGUCGAAAACUAAAACCGACCCCCUUAGGGAUUGUACUGGUUCACGGCUAUCAAAAGAUAGAUGAAGAACUAGUUUUACCAACGAUGAGAUCCGCAGUUGAGAAGGAACUGAGCCUGAUAGCUUUGGGCAAAGCUGAUUUCGGCGCUGUCCUCAAACACACCAUAGAUAUUUUCAGACUCAAGUUUCAGUAUUUCGUUAAAAAUAUAGACGGGAUGGAUCAACUUUUUGAAGUGUCAUUUUCACCGCUCAGUGAGUCUGGAAGAGCGUUGUCAAGGACAAAGUAUAAACCGUCAAAAAAUAUAUCAACAUAUCUAAAGAAAAUAAAAUGAAGUAAUUACACAAUAUCCAACAAAAAGACUAGACAAUUAGCAUUGACAUCACGCACGCCACUAAUAAUAUUAAAAUUACAUUGCAUAUAAGACAUUGAAGAAUUCAAUCAUACAUUUUUGUAGCCGGGAUCUCUGGAAAAAUAUGGGUGCGACCUAAUGGUGGUUUAUUAAAAUUCGACUGGAUGCGGCAAAUGCAGACGCUACAUGAAAUAUAUCCAAGCUAAGCCCAUGAGGCUCCACUGUUCUCAGUGCGACGAAACGUACGGCAUGCCACAAACAGGGAAUAUCAAAUUAUUCAGAGAAUUGAAAUGCCCCUUAGAUGAUUUUGAACUACUGUGUUGGACCAUGGGCAACAAGGGUCGGAGUUAUGUUUUUUGCCCUUACUGUUACAACAAUCCCCCUUUUAAGGAUAUGAAAAAAGAAAGUGGCUGCAACUCAUGCUUACAUCCAACGUGCCCUUACAGCUUACAGACGAACGGCGUCUGUAAUUGUGCUGAAUGUGACUAUGGAGUGAUGGUUUUAGAUCCGUCUUCUGGGCCCAAAUGGAAGCUGGGGUGUAACAGGUGCGAUACAAUAAUCCUCAUAUUUGAUGACGCAUUAAAAGUGACAGUACUUGAAGAAAGCUGCGAGGAAUGCAGCGCGCAAAAGGUUCACGUAGAGUACAAACCCGACAAAUCUAAGUUGCCGAAUGGUGCUGUCGAGAUGAAAGGAUGUCCGUUUUGUACGUCGGAGUUUGAGAAGCUUGUUGACAGGCCUAAGGUCGCAACAGUCAGCAGGCCGCGGGGAUUUAGGGGAGGCAGAGGAGCGGCGAGAGGCAGGAGGGGUGCUGGAGCAAGACGGGGAGCACGACAACCCAAGGAUAAAAUGGCACAGCUUGCUGCUUACUUUGUAUAGUUGCCCAUUUUGUACGUAUGAUUUUUGAAAUUUGUCAAUUUUGUCUAAAAAUAAAAAGGAGGCAUUCAUAUAA